AUGGAGAAGACUCGCAAGGCAAUCAUAAUAGGCGCUGGACCUGCUGGCCUUGCAGCCGCCCUACGCCUCCAACAACAAACAAAUAUUACCUGCACACUUUACGAGCUGCGGUCCCAACCCACAACGCUCGGUGGCGCUAUUGGAAUCCAGCCCAACGGCUUACGCCUUCUAAGCAGACUGGGCGUCUACGAUGAAUUUGAAGCUCGCGGAUACAGCGGCACAAGCCUAACGUUACAUUCGCUUCAGGGACAUGAUGUCGGUUCCACAGAUAUGGUAGGCUGGGCACGUGAGAAAACGGGCUUCGGGUACCUCCGUAUCAAACGGAUGGAUAUCGUGGAGAUACUGAAAAACGCAGUGGAAAAAGCCAAAAUCCCAAUCCACUUUGGAAAGAGACUGGUCAAGACCGAGAACUUCGAGGAGGCGGGUGAUUCGGGAUCGAGAGCCGGUGUGAGGGUUACGUUCGAAGAUGGAAGUGUCGACGAAGCCGACAUACUGCUUGGAUGUGAUGGAAUUCACUCGUUUGUCCGACGCACCUACGUUGAUUCGGAGCAUGAGCCCGUUUACUCUGGUCUCUCGGGGCUUGGGGCCCUUGUUCCCAGCUCUGCUUUGUCGCCUGAGACUACAAAGCUAAUCAAUGGGCUUGAGGGCACGCUUACGGAGGAGGGGAUGUUGGCUGUGAAUCCCUGCUUGCCGAAUAAAGAGGAAAUGUUUAUGUUCUUCUCCAAGUGGGUUCCGCUCCCUGAUUCUGGGGAUAGUCGGGAUGGUUGGGAAGUACAUGGGAAGGAGGAGGUGGAUGGGUUCAAAGAGCAGCUUCUUAGUACACUUGAACAUGCACAAGGAGACUGGAGCAAUGCGCUUCGAGAGCUGGUGCAUGGUACUUCGUCUGUGAACUUUUAUCCUGUUUAUCGGCUGCCGCUCGGUGGGCGCUGGUCCAGAGGACGGUCUGUGCUUGUUGGUGAUGCUGCUCAUGCCAUGUCGCCACAUGCUGGACAGGGUGUCUCCAUGGCGUUGGAGGAUGUGUUUUUGCUUUCGAGACUACUUGCGGACCCCGAGAGAUCUAUCGAAGAGGUCUUUGAGAAAUAUGCUCAAAUCCGACGACCUAGGGUGGACGAGAUCUUCCAGAUGGCCGCGGAUAAUGCGGAGAUGAGGAAGAAGAGUACACCGACAGGGUUGUGGUUGAAGGAGCUGAAGUUCAGUACGAUGAUGAAUAUCUCUUGGGCUUUUGGUCUGGACAAGAAGGGAAUUAAGCAGGGGCAUUUGGUGUACGACAUUGAUGAGGCGGAGCUGUGA